UUUUGCGAUAAAGAGACAUGUAGAUUAUGAAAUAAACGCACUUCUAAUGCAAAGACAUACGUUCAAAUAGUUCAGAUAGUUUUGCCUAGAUGGUGGUAGUGUCAGUUUUUACUUUUAGGUUAAGUGACAACAUGCUAAUUGAAAAGGUGGCACUAUGUCAGUUCGAGCCGACCAUCUAGUGGGAACGCACGCUGCGGUAAUCGACAUGGAUCCGUCACGAAGUAGAGGCAGAAGAAUAUUACAGAUGGUUAUUCCAAAUAAAGAAAACAGUUUAUCACCUGAACCUUCAACAUCCGGCUUAAGCAACUUGCCAAUGACUAGCAACUUUUCAAAUUCACAUGACAAAGAAAACUACUUCAACGAUGACGUAAUUGACGAUGGUGACUUUUCACCCGCUUCUGAUGAUGAUAGAACAUACACACCCGCAAAGAAAACAUGCCGUAUCUCAAGCUCAAGUUCAUCUUCAUCUUCAAGUUCAUCUUCAUCUUCGAGUUCAUCUUCAUCUUCAAGCUCAUCUUCGAGAACUUCUCCAUCUUCUAUGCCUGCACACAAAUCAUCUACAACACCUACAACUUUUUUUGCAACUGAUUCACCAAAUAUCAGUCAAGUCACCACUGAAACUGCUAAUAUAACUGAAAAUAAUUCUGAAUUAGUUAUUAACUGCGAGUAUAAUAAUAUGGAGAUGAUUACUACUACAAAUGAACGUUCUGAUGCACGAAUAUUUUUUUCUUCUGAUACAAAUAGCCAAAGUACUGGGAGUGUAGAUACUACUGUUGCAAUGGAUAUCUCAUCGGCUCUUGAUAUCAAUAAAGCAAAGAAAAAAAAGAAGAACCAAAGGACGGCCUACAUUGCUAAGGUUUUAAAAGAUUCUGGGAAAGAAUAUGUUUCAAGCUCCAAAUCAAAGAAGGUUUUCCCAGCUAAACUUCUUAAGAAAUCCUGUGAGGCAACUUGUCGACUAAAAUGUUCAGAAAGAAUUAGUGAAGACUUAAGGAAACAGCUAUUUGACGAUUAUUGGUCCAUGGCUUCGUUGAUGCGGCAAAGGGAAUAUAUAGCUCGAAAUAUAGAAGAAAUUAAGCCAAAGUAUCAAUACAAAAGACUGGAUUCGAAUAGAAAAUUAAAGAAUGCUUUCUUCUUUGAUUUGAAUGGUAAUAAAACAAAAGUGUGUAAAACGUUCUUUAAAAAUACCCUAAACAUAACGGACAGAUGUAUUAGAACUGUGAUAGAAAAAAAGAAUAAUAUAACUGGUGUACUAAAAGGAGAACAAAGAGGGAAGCAUGGCAAACAUAGAAAAGUGCCCGAGGAUUUGAUUGAUGGAGUUCAAUCUCAUAUUAAUAGCAUACCGCGCAUUGAAAGCCAUUAUUUACGGCAACAAACUACUAAAGAAUAUAUCGAUGGUGGAAAAACCUUAACAGAUAUUUACAAUGAUUACAAAAAUGAGUGUAUAGAUAAAAAUUUACCCUACGUUAUGAUACAUACCUAUCGAAAAAUCUUUAAUGAAAAAUUUAACAUUAGUUUCUUCAUUCCAAAGAAGGAUCAAUGUGAGCAGUGCACUAUAUUUAAGCUUGCCGAAGGUGAUGAAAAGAGUGCUAAGAAAGAAGCCUACGAUCGGCAUCUAGCUGAAAAAGAAAAGAGUCGCAAGGAAAAGGCUGCUGAUAAAGAAAUGGUGUCAAGUAGUUUUAUUGUCGCGUGUUAUGAUUUGCAAGCUGUAAUGACGGUUCCAAACGGUGAGAUUUCCACAUUUUAUUACAAGUCUAAAAUAAAUUGCUUGAAUUUUACGAUUUCGGAACUUAAAAAUGACAUUACUGAAUGCUUUUUUUGGGAUGAAUCUCAAGGAAACCGAGGGGCAAAUGAAAUUGGAAGUUGUGUACUAAAGUACUUGCAAAAAAAGUCUUCUUUUACUGAUGAAGAUCUUGACAUAAUUUUUUAUUCUGAUAAUUGCUGCGGUCAGCAGAAGAAUCAGUUUAUUAUCGGAAUGUAUAUUUACGCAGUAUUAAACUUAAAAAUUAAAUGCAUAACACACAAGUUCCUAAUUCGUGGUCAUACAUUACAUUGAUGGGAUGCCGUACAUUCUCUAAUUGAGAAACAAGUCAAAAGAUCUCUUAGGUCUGGACCGAUAUACGUUCCUUCGCAAUACAUUUCCGCCAUCCGUAGUGCUA